AGUAAAUGACGUUGGCAAAUCUUAAUAUGCUCCUUCACGAGGAAGAAACGUCUGUCUUUUAAGCUCCCUGGAACAACUGGGAUCUAGUUCCUCAUUUCAAUCAGGAAAUCUCUUUCUGAACCAAACUGCUAAGACAGAGUAUUGGAGUAGCACGUUUCACUGGCGUACAGCAGCAUUGGUUCAUUUUGGAGUGUUUUUGGACAGGAAAUCGAUCUACAGGGUAACUUUCACACAAGAAAGGAAACAGUAUGGGACGAUGGCUUGUUAGUACAAGUGACUCCGUUUUGGAUAUUACGGACAAGAAACCUUGGUGGAAGAACAGCAUUCAAGAUCAAAAGCAUGAUGACUCCUGAUGAAAACAUCCCCAAAUGAUGAACCCACAAGCAAAAAGGAACUUCUACUUGGCGGCACCUGACUUGCUGGACCCUAAAUCUGCCGCUCAGAACUCCAAACCGAGGCUCUCGUUUUCCACGAAACCCACAGUGCUUGCUUCCCGGGUGGAGAGUGACACGACCAUUAAUGUUAUGAAAUGGAAGACGGUCUCCACGAUUUUCCUGGUGGUUGUCCUCUAUCUGAUCAUCGGAGCCACCGUGUUCAAAACCUUGGAGCAGCCUCAUGAGAUUUCACAGAGGACCACCAUUGUGAUCCAGAAGCAAACAUUCAUUUCCCAACACUCCUGUGUCAAUUCGACUGAGCUGGACGAACUCAUCCAGCAAAUAGUGGCAGCAAUAAAUGCAGGGAUUAUACCUUUAGGAAACACCUCCAAUCAAAUCAGUCACUGGGAUUUGGGAAGUUCCUUCUUCUUUGCUGGCACUGUUAUAACAACUAUAGGAUUUGGAAAUAUCUCACCACGCACAGAAGGGGGAAAAAUAUUCUGUAUCAUCUAUGCCUUACUGGGAAUUCCCCUUUUUGGUUUUUUGUUGGCUGGAGUUGGUGAUCAACUAGGGACCAUAUUUGGAAAAGGAAUUGCAAAAGUGGAAGAUACAUUUAUUAAGUGGAAUGUUAGUCAGACCAAGAUUCGCAUCAUCUCGACGAUCAUCUUUAUACUCUUCGGCUGCGUACUCUUUGUUGCCCUGCCCGCGAUCAUAUUCAAGCACAUAGAAGGCUGGAGUGCCCUGGACGCCAUUUAUUUUGUGGUCAUCACUCUAACCACCAUUGGAUUUGGUGACUACGUGGCAGGUGGAUCAGAUAUUGAAUACCUAGACUUCUACAAGCCUGUCGUCUGGUUUUGGAUCCUUGUAGGACUUGCUUACUUUGCUGCUGUCCUCAGCAUGAUUGGAGACUGGCUCCGAGUAAUAUCCAAAAAGACAAAGGAAGAGGUGGGAGAGUUCAGAGCCCAUGCCGCUGAGUGGACGGCCAACGUCACGGCCGAGUUCAAGGAGACCAGGAGGCGCCUGAGUGUGGAGAUCUACGACAAGUUCCAGCGCGCCACCUCCAUCAAGCGCAAGCUGUCCGCGGAGCUUGCCGGCAACCACAACCAAGAGCUGACGCCUUGCAGGAGGACCCUGUCUGUGAAUCACCUCGCCAGCGAGAGGGAUGUCUUGCCUCCCUUACUGAAAACUGAGAGUAUCUAUUUGAACGGACUGACGCCACACUGUGCAGGCGAGGAAAUUGCUGUUAUUGAGAACAUUAAAUAACCCUCUCUUUGAAGAACCUUAGGCAUAGCCAUAGGUGAGGACUUCUAUAUGCUCUUUAUGACUGUUGCUGGUAGCAUUUUUUAAAUUGUGCAUGAGCUCCAAAGGGGG